AUGAAAGAUUACACAACGAGUAAUUAUUGUGAUUUUUUAUGGAUAAAUGAUUUACACGAGUUAAAAAUUAACAGUAAAAAAAUGUUUCAAGGAAUCGUUAUAAAAAAUAACGUUAAAACAGUUAUAUCGGUAUUAAACGUUAUCAUAUUUGGUGCAAUAAUUGAAAUCAAACAAAUAGGUUCUAAAAAUUUUCUCUAUCACGUGGAUGAUGGAACGGGAGUAAUUAUUUGUAAAUUAAGCGAAGAUCAAUUUGAAAAAGCAAUUAGUCUUAUUGAAAGGGAACAAGAGGGAAUAUUUAACGAAACGAUAAAAUUUAAAAAAAAUAACGAUUCGAGUUUUAAUCAAAGUUGUGUCACCGAUAUCUCAAUGGAUGAUUCUAUAUUUAAUGAUAAAACCAUGCAAGAGGAUGAAUUAAAUGCAGUAAAAUUAAAUGUUUUAAAGGGAUUGCAAUCGAUUUGGAGUGAUAUUUACGAUAGUUACACAAAUUUACUCGGUCAGUAUAAAAUCGGUGAUACAGUUUUAAUAGAAGGAAAAUUAUACAAUUAUUUAGGAACUAAUCAACUUUAUAUAAAUAACAUCAGACAUUUAGAAUUAAACGAAGAAAUCAUGAAAAUAUCGAAUAAAUUAAAAGAUGGUUACAAUCCGAUUAGGAAAGACAAAAUGACAGAAAAAGCAUUAAAAAAAUCAAGUCCGAAAAAAAGAUUUUCUGGUUUGAUGACUUUUGAUCACAUACAACAAUUGAGUCCGAAAAUAUCGUCAUCAAGAAAUAUUCCACUACCAGAAGAAAGAAAAAAUUCUCUCAUUACAAAUAUUCUGCCACCUAAUUUUGAAUCCAACAUAACAUUUGACACAUUCAUACCUGAAGGUUGA